UGUGGUGCCGGUGGGUCGUGAACGGCAGUGUUUCUCGGCCCUGCCCCCGGCCAAGGGGGUGGCGGGAUGUGAGCGAGGCCCUCGGCCGGCGCGGAGACCAUGUUCCCCCCGGGCUCCACCUGGAAUAUCUCCUUCGCCGGCUGCGGCUUCCUCGGGGUCUACCACAUCGGCGUGGCCAGCUGCCUGCAGGAGCAUGCCCCCUUCCUCGUCGCUAACGCCCGAAAGAUCUACGGCGCCUCCGCCGGGGCGCUCACCGCCACGGCCCUCGUCAGCGGCGCCUGCCUCGGUGAGGCUGGUGCCAGUAUCAUUCGAGUGUCAAAAGAAGCACGGAAGAGGUUCUUGGGCCCACUCCACCCAUCUUUCAACUUGGUGAAGAUUAUUCGGAUCUGCAUGUCCAAGACUGUGCCAGAGAAUGGGCAUGAAGUAGCAGCAGGACGCUUGGGCAUCUCCCUCACACGGGUCUCUGAUGGAGAAAAUGUGAUACUGUCAGACUUCAAGUCUAAGGAGGAGCUGAUCCAGGCCUGUGUCUGCAGCACUUUUAUCCCUGUCUAUUGUGGGCUGAUACCUCCAACCUUACGUGGAGUGAGAUAUGUGGAUGGAGGGAUUUCUGAUAAUUUGCCACGCUAUGAGCUGAAGAACACAAUCACAGUGUCUCCAUUCUCAGGAGAGAGUGAUAUCUGUCCACGGGACAGUUCCACAAACAUGCAUGAGCUCAGAGUCACCAAUACAAGCAUCCAGUUCAACCUUCGCAACCUCUAUCGACUUUCCAAGGCCCUGUUCCCUCCAGAGCCGCAGGUGCUGCGGGAUAUGUGCAAGCAGGGCUAUCGAGAUGCACUCCACUUCCUGAAGAAGAACGGCCUCCUUCAUCGUCCAAGUCCUGCCCGUCCUCUCCUUGCCAUAGAAGCUCCCCCAGAGGAGAAGAAAGAGGGAGAAACAGAAGCUGAGGAGCAGUUGGAGGACAAUGCUGCCCUUGCUGUUGUUGAAGAACACAUCUUUGAACACUUGCCUCCCAGAUUGAACCAAGCUCUUAUGGAGGCUUGUGCUGAAAGAAGAGGGUUUUUGACUGGUAUCUCCAACAUGCUGCCUAUACGUGUGGCCACUGCAAUGAUGGUCCCCUACAUGCUGCCUCUGGAGUCUGCAGUUUCCUUCACGGUCAGGUUGCUGGAAUGGUUACCAGAUAUCCCUGAGGAUAUCAGAUGGAUAAGGGAGCAAGUGACUGAAAUCUGUAACUACCUUGUGAAGAAAGCCAAAAAGAAACUGGGCAGCCAUCUUUCAGCCAGGCUUUACUAUCAUCUUGAGCUUGGAGGAACCCAGAGCCUGCCAAUUUCUUCAGCAGCUGCGUGUGGUGAAACACUGCCCAUGUGGAUGAGAAGUAACCGUUCCCUGUCCGAUGUCAUGCUGAAAUGGGAGGAGUACCAGCGCCAGCUCAUGCUGGGCUUACUCUGCAUCAAUGUGGACAUGCAGGCCUCCCUCUUCCCUCAGGAAGGAUUUCAGAUAAAGCUUCCACCUCUAGACUAUGCAAAAGAGUGCCUGCCACUAUUCUGAGCCUGCUGCCAUGAGGGAAUGGGGGUGGGUGGGAAGGGUGUUGGAUGGGACCAGUCUCAUCCCCUGGCAGCCUGCUGCCCUGUGCUUGUGAAUAUGCUGCAAAGGGGAUUUUCCAGGGAUGGAGACUGGUGGAAAUGACUGUAGCCAUUUGUUGCCCGCUGGGCCAGGCAAGGAGUCUGUGUUCAAAGAAACACAUGUGCAGGCACUUUGCUUUAGACUUACCUGGCCAUUUCCUGUGGCCAAGCAGAUGCUGACCCAGCUGGGCUCCCCCAAAUAAUGCACUUUGAAUUGCCAUUAGGUUUUUACCACCAAAUAAUCAGGAUGUAGCUGACAUUCUGGAGUUCAUAUAGCUUUAGCUUUCUCUGGUUUCUAGAGGCCAUCAGUUUUUCUUUUUUUCUCUUUUUUUUUCUUUUUAAUCAUCUGAUAUCACUUAGCUCUUCAUGCUACUGAAAGAUGAAGUAGCAUCUGUUGCCAAACCAAACUUCCUCUUAACUUUCUUCUUCACUGAAGUCAGAUCCUUUCCUCUGUCCCUAAGCUGCAUCCUCACUGGAAGCCAGAGCUGGUUCUGCUGCAGUCUGCACUGGAACUGCAGAAAUGUAGGAAAAUUAUGCAUUUACCUUGGUUAAUGUUGUGGUUGCUCUCACUGACUUUUGUCUUGAUGGAACUUUUGCUGUCUGAACUGAGUGUUAAAUCAUAUUUUAAAGAACUAGGUUAGACUAAGCUAUUUUUUUGGUUUUCCAGAGAAACUCAUUGAGUUUGAGGCCCCAUUCUAGUCAGUGUGAAUGCAGUUAGUGUGGGGUUGCUUUGGAAAAGCCUCAACCUGGCUCUCCAAGGAUUGGCCCAGCAUCUGGUAUUGGGAAAGGAAUGUGAAGUGUCUGUAGGAAGGUGAGAUUGUGUGGGCAUGUUAUUUUUGAGAGGCUUGUGGUAGUGUGUCACAGCAAGUGCAAGGAAGGAGCUGACUGAGAGGGGUCAGGCUUCACCCCUUAAGUGACCAUACGACUGAAGGAAAUUCUAAGUUGGUACCAUGGCAGGGGACUCUACUGACCUCAGGCUCUAUUCUUAUCUUGUGUUGGAAGAAUUUGGACACUGAGGACUGAGGUUUGGGAGUGAUAGGGAUACAGGCUUCCAGCUCUGUCAGCCCCACCACAUGCCUAUCUUGCACUGUGGCUUACAAGUGGUACCACAGUGCAUCUGGCAAUAGCAGGAGCAUCAGUACAUGUACAGCCCUCUUGGAGCUGGCUACAUUUGACAUUUGUCUGUCUCUUAAAAGACUAGAGCUGAUGGGUCUGUAGCAGGGCAGGACUCUGCUUUAUAAGUUACUGCCUGCACAGUGGCAGCCUAGUUGCAACUUGCUGUGUGCAAACAAACACUCUGAUCUCCCCAGGGUGAAACCUGGCUUCCUGUGGGGAUUGCACAUGCUUGAGCUUCAGUCCUUACACUGGGACACAACCAACUCCUAGUAUCCUUUUUCUGCAGCUUGCCUAGCUGCAUGAAGCGUCUUCUACCUCUCCUAGCACAAAUAGUGUGCAGCUGGACAAAGCAAGUGCAUGCUGUGUUUGCUUGGGAGCAGGAUGGGGUGCCUGAAGCUGAUACAUGUAGGAAAGUGAUUUGUAAUAGGCUCACAAUUGUCCCUUUAGUUUAUAAAGGGAAAAUAUCCCCAGAAAUUCUACUGAUGGCUGGAGAAAGUAGUGAAUCUAUUUGAUCACAUCUGCAAGAGAAGAUCACCAAGUGUGGAAGAGAAACUUGGAGGAUUCUGAAACCAGAAGUUAGGAAUAUUAGAUUAUAAAACAAAUCAGUCUUAAAGAUGUAACACUGUCUAAAGCCUGCAGAAGGAGCUCGCUGCUAGAUGGAUGUAACUGUAGUCUAGGUGAACUAGCAACAAGCUGCUAUCAGUUUUGUGGCAGCAGGAUAAAUCUGAUGAAACUUGGCAUCAAAAAGGGGUAUUUAUGUGGGCUUUCCUCCCCACAUCCCCACUCUCUGGGCUGCCUUCUUUGGAGGAAUGAGAAAUGCACUUCUACUUAGCUUGCCAAAUGGUAUCUCCGCUCCUCAUGCGUGCAGAACAAUUGGCAAGAACAUGUAGAUAUUUAAUGGCAUAAAAUGAAGGGAUUUCCUCCAGAAGCAAAACAUCUGUGAGGGGCAGAGCCAGGAGAUGGGAAAACUUUGUGCUUGGAGGCUACUACCCUCUUGACUCUGCCUUGUUUGUUUAAACAUAUGGGUGGAGAGAAUGAGGCAACUAUUUUUUUAUCCCUUCUUCCUGGACCGGUAAAACCACUGAGUGAUUAUGUAAACCACUAAACUAUGAAAUAAAACUCUCUUGGUAAUAGAAUGUGCUAAGUAGUCACAGCUUGGCAUGCUUUUCCUUUGCAUCCCCUUUUGCCUUUUCUUGUCUUUCAUCAGAACUGAAUGGACUGGUGCCACCCUCUCCCAGUGCUCUGAUCCAGAAGGUUUGCUGGUUCUGGUUCAUCCAUUUCAACAGACUUAACUGCUGUGGCUAGUGAAAGGCCCAAGUUUUGUUCUUUAUAUAACCUCAUCUGUCUUUGAUUUGUUAUAUUAACCUCCCAAAGAAAAGCUUUUGUAUGCUUUGACUGUAACCACAAACCAAAGCCAAGCUUCAAAUGCAAAGGGCCAAUUCUUCAGAGAGGAAACUCCUGCUUUCCCUAUGCUAAUUUGCAGGGUGUGAACAUAUAGUGGGAAAGCACCACCCUGCAUUAAUCCUUUCUUUGCCUAAAUUUAUUCCCCAGAUAGCACAGUGGUUUUUGUGAUAGCUAGUUGACUUCUCUCUCUCUAUAUAUAUGUAUAAUAAAAUUUUAUAUCAUGAUCAAAAAAUGGUAGCUCUGUCAAAAAAAAAAAAAAAAAAUAAUACCCCCUAAACUACUUUCUUCCUUCUCUUUAAGAGAAGUUUCAAGCACCUGUUUGAAAUUCUUACUGCUUAUUCAUCACAGAUCACAAAGGAUGAGGAGGAUAGGAAAGAUAGCCCAGCAGAUGCAGAAAAAGGCCUGUGGUUGCUUUUGAAGAAUGGCUUUUGAUUAUGCAGGGCUAUCUUGUCUGGAUCAGACCCCAUUUCUCUCAAAUCCCUGGAAACCUCUUGAUAAACCUGUCUAGGUCCAACCUAGAGUCUAUCAUAAUGAUGUUAUCUGGAAUUCUUCUCCAAGUCUUUGCUGUGCGUUUGCCUUGUGGUACAUGUUAGCUGCUCCCCAGCAGCUACUAAUUAACAUACAUUUAUCAAGUUUAUAGGAACAAGGUAAUCAUCUGUAGUGGCUGGGCCCAUCUUCAGUGGAAUGUGUAACUGGGCAGCCCAGUGGGUACUUGUCAGGGCCUGGCUGCACUCCAGUAUAUGGUGUUUGAGAGCUCAGGUUCCUGGACCAAAAGUUCAUCUUGCAGUCCAUGUCACAAGUCCCCAUGACAUUCACUUGAACACCUCAAGGGUUCCAAUCGUUGCAGUUUCCACUGUUCUACAUAAAGGAUUCCUGCAUUCAGGAAUCCACUUUUUUUUUUCCUCUCCUUUCUAUGGUACAGGUAUUGCUGCUUUUAACAAGGCUAACAGUGAAGUUUGGGGGCAUCUAAUCAGCUCCUAACCUGUGCAAUACUGUAAAGUGUUUCAUGUUGUGCACAACUGUGCAUCUCUGGCAUGCUCUGUAAGCCACAAUGAAUGUAUGGUAUGUUGGGUUUGGUUUACUGCCUGCCCUACUGCUAAUAUAACAUUGCAAGUUGAUUUUCAAGGGGGAGGGGGAAAAGCCCAACUUCUGACCAGUCUUCAUAAGACCUAGGAAUUGUUUUCUUAUGUCUUUGGGAGGACUGUGUACCUACAGCUCUAUGAUCAGGGAAUAAAUGAGAAUUUGCUCUCUCCCAGUACUGGGGUGUCCUCAGUAUAUAUUCUAUAUUCCCCACUACUUUGUCCUUUUUAUUUUUUUUAACAAAUUCAUUAAUCUGGUGAUGAAGCUUUCACCUCUUCCAUAGAAAGGAGAACUCUCACUUUCACUAAAGGAGUUGUGGGAGAAAUACCUGAAACUAAUGGAGUUUUCUUUUGUUUUAUGCUGCACUGCCCAAUAUUUGGGGUACAUUUCUGGUAAAUCUGUGGUAGAAGUGGUAGCAGGGUUGCAUGUUGCCAAAGUCAGAGAGCCUUGCCAACAUGGUUCUUAAGCACUUUUUUUUCCUUCCCCUUUCUCUGUAAGUCAAUGAGAAUAGACCAUCUCACCUGGCUCCUACAUCAGCCAGUUUGUGCCAAACUCAUCCUGUGCCUUUGCAGUGGGCUGUGGCCUGCCUGCCUGCCUGCCUUCUGUAUCCCUGUGGUGUCUGCAUCUUUAAUGCAGUACUUAGACCCCUCUCUUCUUCCUCCUUUCCAUUACUGCUACCAGUGGGAUGUUGCUCUGUUUCCAGUCUCCAUGUGGCUCCACUAGGACAGUUUUGACUUAAUGGCAUCUGUCUUAUUGUGUGGACCCACACCAGCCUUCCUGUAAAGGGAGGGGAAACCUGUAAUUCUAAAACAGAAGAUGAGAAAUGUAACUUUGGAACACAUAUCUUCAUCUUUUGGGUUUUCCUCUUGCUCUGGAAAAUAGCAUCUAAAGCAGAUCUUCACCAGCUAAAUGUUUCCUGGGAUCUUCUGCUGUCAGUGAGUCUGAGAAGACCCUUAAGCACACAGGACUUGUAGAGCGCUGUGGAAAUUACUGAUGUCAGAGCAGCAACUAGACUAGCAAUAGCGUAUGCAAGUAUAUUUACACAACAAUGUCAUUUAGUAGUUCUCAUAGUCACUUUGACAGUUCAGUAUUAAAUUGUUAAUGCUUUUCUUUCCCCCCUCCUAUUUUUUCUAAUAUUUUGCUGAAGGAAAUGUAACUAUUUAUUUUGGCAGAAAUAUGUCUUCUAAUAAAAAGUUUCUCAGUAUACUUACCUGGCUGUGGUAGGUUGCUUGCCUUGCCAUUUAGAGGUUUAUUAAAUAUACAUAUAUUUUUGAGUGCA